AUGACAGUGGUAAGUGGAUGCUUUUUGGUGUUGCUACUUACAGUUAUACAAAAGACGAUUGAGCAAAGGGAUAUUUACGAUACUCAUUGGGAUUGUAAAGUAAGUGAUCCGUUAUCAUGCGAUCAAACGAAAAAUGAAGUAUGUGUAUUUAAAGAUGGCAGAUAUAGUUGUGAAUGUCCAACAGGUGUUUCGAGAUUGCAAGACGGACGUUGUAUCGUGAUUGAUGAAUGUUCAGAACCUCGCUUAAAUGAUUGCCAUGAAAAUUCUCGUUGUAUUGACCAAAUGGAAGGUUAUACAUGUCAGUGUAAUCCGGGUUUCGCUGAUGUUUCUGAAGACAUACAGAAAAAACCUGGUCGAAUUUGCCAAUCAGAAGUGAAUGAAUGUUUACAACCGGCCAGAUAUUAUGUUGACUGUUCGGAAAAUGCUGCAUGUCAAGACACUCCAGAAGGUUUUACUUGUCUAUGUCGGCCAGGUUUCACUGAUACUAGUGCACAUUAUUCAUUACUGCCUGGUCGGAAGGUAUGUUUUUAG